UUCCAUUUAUGCAAUUGCUUUUUAUUCCAGUUCAUUCCUCAAAGACAUUCCAAUAAACCUUCUACAUGCAGUACUUUAUUCUCGCCAGCAGAGGGCGCCUGUUGUCAGAUUAUAUUUUUACAGGGGAAAAUAGUAAAGAAGUAAGACAAAAGAUCAAAUGUUGUAGCUAAUAUUUAAUAGUGAUAUACUUAGGUCCCAAUAAUGUAAAGCUGGCAGAAAGUUUACUCUUUUAAUAUAAAUAUCCGUUUUUGCUUGCUUUUUAUUCCAGUACAUUCCUCACAGACUUACCAUUUAUUGAUUGAUUGAAACUUUUAUUAGUAGAUUGCACAGUACAGUACAUGUUCUGUACAAUUGAUCACUAAAUGGUAACACCCCAAUAAGUUUUUCAACUUGUUUAAGUCUGGGUCCACGUUAAUCAAUUCAUGGUAAUCAACCUUCUGCAUGCAGUACUUUAUUCCCGCCAGCAGGGAGCGCCUGACCAACCCUUCCACUUCACCUGCUGGCCCCUCCCACCUGAUCGACCUGCCUCAGCCUGAAGACACGCCCCCCGUGCUGAGGCCAGCCGCUCCCAGGCCUGCAAACAACAUGUCGUGCACCCAGGAAGACUCCGACUAGUGACGUCUGCUGCUCUGUGAGGAGGAGAAGAAGAAGAAGAAGAAGUGGAUGGAUGCAACAUGGGUUCAGACGAGGCCUACAAUUUUGUCUUCAAGGUGGUCCUGAUCGGGGAGUCGGGUGUGGGCAAGAGCAACCUGCUGUCCCGCUUCACCAAGAACGAGUUCAACCACGACAGUCGCACCACCAUCGGCGUGGAGUUCAGCACACGGACGGUCCAGCUCAACACCUUCGCCAUCAAAGCCCAGAUCUGGGACACGGCGGGACUGGAGCGCUAUCGGGCCAUCACCUCAGCCUACUACCGGGGGGCGGUGGGCGCCCUGCUGGUCUAUGACAUCACCAAACACCUGACCUACGACAGCGUGGAGCGCUGGCUGAAGGAACUCUUCGACCACGCCGACCCUCACAUGGUGGUCAUGUUGGUGGGCAACAAGUGUGACCUGGAGGCCGACAGGUCGGUGCCCACGGAGCAGGCCAGAGACUUUGCAGAGAAAAGUGGCCUGUUGUUUCUGGAGACGUCCGCUCUGGCGUCGACUAACGUGGAGGUCGCCUUCAACACCGUCCUAACAGAGAUCCACAAGAAGGUGAGCAGCAAGCAAGUGGUGCGAGGUUCCAUCAGCGCCGUGACGCUCAACCCCAGCGUGGUGCCACACCCGGAGGAGGAGAAGAAGCCUUGCUGCAAGAACAUCUGAGGAAGGAGGGAGGGGGGUGUGGCCGCCUGGCAGGACCGCCCCCUGAGCCCGGCAGGACCGCCCCCUGAGCCCGGCAGGACCGCCCCCUGAGCCCGGCAGGACCGCCCCCUGAGCCCGGCGUGCACACAUCCAACCACUGAUUAGGACUUGUGGAGGCCGCAUGUUGAUGAUUCAUUAUUAUAUAUUCAUGCCAUCCAGA